AUGGAAGAAGGAUGCAGGCUUGGUCAUGUCGUUAACUAUGGACAGUACGAUAAUAUAUCCCAAUGGCUAAAAGUGAAGGUGCAACGGUCUUGCAUGGUGGUUCCCGACCUGAGCAUCUGGAACAUUGAACCAACCAUCAUAAGUUCAUUUCUGAUGCAACCAAAUCUGGAGGGAAGAAGGGCCUGCGUGAAAACGUCUUCCGGUGAGGAUGAGGCGAACGAGCUAGCAAAUGACUCCGAGAUUACCGCUUAG